CGCUGUGCCGCGGUGGUCGGUUCUCCGGGGCGACGGCGCGGCUUCGCGGAUGUCGACACUCUGUACCAGAUCAAGACAAGUGAUAUUUUAUUAAGGAAAGAUACAUUUUACAUCAUUAGUAUCUUCAACUCAAUAUGGUAAAUCCGGUGAAAUAUACUCAAACGAACAAUCUAUCACAUUCUGGCGUACAACAUUUACUUCAUGAGUUUGAAGAGGAAUUAUUACGUAUGUCAGGAAAGUGUAUAGAUAUUGGUUGCGGUCCCGGUGACGUUACAAGAUAUACUCUUUUACCCGCACUCCAUCCAAACGCGGUAGUCAUUGGUACCGAUAUGUCGGAAGCUAUGAUCGGACAUGCUAAGGAAUUACAUGCUGACGAAGAACGACUCGAAUUCGAAAUUUUGGACAUUCAAGCUAAACAUCUGCCCGAAAAACACGUUUCUGAAUAUGAUCACGUUUUCACAUUUCACGUUUUGCAUUGGUGCGCUGAUAUGCGACAAGUAUUUGAGAAUAUCUAUCGUUUACUUCGACCUGGCGGAACUAUGCUAAUAUUAACGGUACUAUCUCAUGACGCAUUUGAUAUUUUACAUGAAUUGUCGCAAGACAACCGAUAUACGUCGUACAUAAAGCAUGCGAAUAAUUUUAUUCCUAUAUUCCACAAUUCGGGUCAUCCCCAUAAAGAACUGAAAGCAUUACUCAAAAAUAUUGGGUUUAAUGUCCAUCAUUGCAGUCAUCGAGAGAGAACCUAUUCUGCUCAUGACGCACAGAAAUUACCAGAAAUGAUACUGUCUUUCCUAACGCAAUUUUUGGAGGACAUGCCUCACGAUCGAAUGGCAGAAUUAAAAGAUGAGUUUACCCAGGAAUAUACGAGAAGAAGAUUUUUCCAUAAGCGGAGGCCCAAUCAAAAUGAAAAAGUUGCAUCAGAUCUACAUGAAAUAUUAAUAGUUUAUGCGCAAAAGGGUAAUGAUGAAAAUAUUCAUAUAUUUUCCGAAUCGUGCCACGUUGUCGAUGAUUGCACGACGUAA